GCGUUUCCCUUUCCGGUGCCAGGAGGAGCCGUGUCGCUGCUGCCUUCGUCCGUCAGGCCCCCCCGGCCGGUUCUCCGUCGCUUGUCUCUCCUACUUCACUCCCCCCUCUGUGCCGCGCCUAGGGCUCGGAUCCUGCCGGGAAGAUGUCAGAUGAAUUUUCGUUGGCAGAUGCACUGCCUGAACCGUCCUCUGCCAAACCGUCUGCUGUGAGCAAUGCAAAAGCUGGCCAAACUACUCAAGGCUGGCCCGGCUCCAACCCUUGGAGUAACCCAAGUGCUCCACCUGCUAUGCCAUCUGGACUCCCACCAAGUGGUGCAGCACCUAUCACUGUGCCUUUCGGACCAGCACCAACAGGAAUGUAUCCCUCUAUGCCUCCAACUGGACCACCACCAGGACCCCCAGCACCCUUUCCUCCUUCUGGACCAUCAUGUCCCCCACCUAGUGGUCCUUAUCCAGCCCCUACUGUGCCAGUUCCUGGCCCCACAGGGCCAUAUGCUACGCCAAAUAUGCCCCUUCCAGAGCUACCUAGGCCGUAUGGUGCACCCACAGAUCCAGCUGGUACUUUAGGUCCAUGGGGAUCCAUGUCUUCUGGACCUUGGGCACCAGGAAUUGGGGGGCAGCAUCCUAAUAUGCCAUAUCGAUCUCCAGGGCCAUAUCCCACUGCUCCUCCUCCAGUGUCAGGAGCACCGCCUGUUCCAUGGGGCACUGUGCCACCAGGACCCUGGGGACCACCAGCACCAUAUCCUGGCCCUGCAGGAUCAUAUCCCACGCCAGGACCCCAUCCUACUCCGAAUAAUCCUUACCAAGUGCCUUCAGGACCUUCUGGUGCUCCACCAAUGCCUGGUGGCCCCCAUUACCAUUAAGUUGACAGUGGAUGAAGAGAUGGCGCAUUUCUUUUUGAAGUACAUGUACAUGCACAUGAAGGCAUAUAUAUACAAAUGGCUAUUGGUAAAGGGCGUUCCUGAAAGAACAACUUUCGUACCUCAGAGAGCUCCUGGCCUGCUUCAUGUGUUUGGAUAUGUAGAGCAUCAUGUGGGUACAAUCAGAUAAAAAUGUAAAAGCAAAUUAUUCAAGUGUGGUUAAUGUGGUUAUGUAUACUGAAUAGCUUUUGAUAAUAAUUGUUUAAAGUAUAGCUGUGUCCUCAGACUCUAAGACUACAUGGAUUAUUGUUAGAAUCUGUAACUUAAUUGGCAAAGUAAUUCAAGUAUUUUUUUAUAAUCACCCCCAACCUCAUAUCACUGAAAACAGUCACGUAAUUGGAACAUGACUCCUCAACAUCUUGAGAGCCUCUUGUGAAAUUUUAGCUACAUAAAUAUAUUGUGUUGUGUUUACUAAGUUUCAUUCAACAUUAUUCCCUCUUCUGCCAAAAUAAGAUAAUGUUCCUGUCAGAAUUGCAUUAUGAUCUCAGGACAGGUUUCUUGCUUUGACAGAGCUCUAGAAAAAUGUUGGUGCCAAAUGCACUUGAACAGGAGUCGGACUGCCCAUGCUCUGAGCCCAGCCUCAGGAAGAGAUAGAGGUGGAGGGGCUGAGUAAGGCCACCGCUGCUGGGCAGUCACUGGUGUAGGGCCUCAUAGUCCACCCAACUGUCUAAGCCAGCAGGGGGAGCUGGGAGCUUUCCUUUCUGGCCAACAGCAGGCCAACACCAGCAUGUCAGAUUCCUGCUUGACAAUCCAAUGUGGAAUUCUCAGGUCAUUUUCCCUUAAGAGAGUAGAUACACAAGGUGGUUCAUUUCUAACAUAUUAUUUUCUUAUAAGUUAAGUUACUGGCUGGGCUAAGUAAACAUUGUGACAUUUUUUUUUUUUUAAUGGGAAAAUUGCUCUGAAUUCCAAAUGGCAUUCUCAUAAUGACUUGAACCACAACCUGUUUGAGUUGUGGCAGAAUUACACACAUGUAGUACUUGUUUCUUGGCCUCAGUAUACAGGACAACUGAAGGGGAAAACUCCUUGGUUGGCAAAGCCAUGGUGAGACCCCUCAAUAGACGAGGUGUAGGAAGCAGAGCUUGUGCUUGGUGUGCCAGCGGUGCCAUGGCAGUGACUCGUGACCCAAAAAUGUCACUCAUCUUCCUGCCAGGUGGGUUUAGGCAUUGAUUCACAAAGAUACCUCCUACAUUAAGCCUUAAACUUUGUUGAAGUGCAUUUGGUGCCAACAUUUUUCUAGAGCUCUGGAAGAGCAAGAAACCUGUCUUCAGAGGCGGAAUGCAAUUUUGAAAGGAGCACGUUGUUAUUUUGGCAGAACUGAAUAUAAUGAUUAAAUUAAGCUUAGUAACCACAAAAAGAUAGCUGAUUGUUCUAACAGGGGCUUUUUGGGUCCGGAUCCCCGAACUGCCAGUCUGAGCAUCUGGGCUGGAAUAUGCCAUCACUGCCCUGCCUACCUGUGCAAUUUUUAACCAAUAAGUAUCAGCUGCCAAAUUCAUCAGCCAGUGUUUUGUUGUUGUUUGUUGGGAGGAGGGUUGUUAGUAGAAUCUAAUGGCCCCUCCUGCAUUGUAUACUGUGGGUGACAUUUCAUUUAAACCCUUGUGUUUUGUACUUCCCAACUGAUAAUUGUGAGUUAUUGCAUUUAUUAUUUAAUGUAAGAGUGGAAAUCAAAGGGAUAGCAGAAUUUUCUGUGUUAUUUUUUUUUCUCAGAACAUUUCUCCUGUUACCCUCAAGGUAGAGUGUUUCUGGGUUCAACCUAAAAUCAAGAAAAGCAAAAAUAAAAUAAAAGAUAGCCUAAUGAGGAAAAGAAUCCAGAGUUUUCUAUUUUUGUUUUAACCCAAGAAAAGAAUAAUACUGUUUUCAGAACAAGCCUUGCUGGGCCAGGACUGGUCUACUAAAAAGACAGCUUGUCAAUAAGUGUUUAGUCCAAAUUACAGAAUUUGUUGACAUGGGCAGAUAAAAAUUUUUAAAUAUGGCAAAAACAGUUGCGGUGUGUGCAAGAAUAGUGUUCCUGGAAUUGAAAUUUAGGUUUUACAGUGUAUGCUUUAUUCAAGAAUUCCCUCCUUUGUAACAUGGAAGGCAACAGACUGUUCCAGGAAACAGUUUUCUUGUGGACUGGAAAGAUGGCUCAGAGGUUAAGAGCAUUGACUGCUCUUCCAGAGGUCAUGAGUUCAAGUCUCAGCAACCACAUGGUAGCUCACAACCACCUAUAAUACUAUCUUGUGCCCUGUUCUGGCAGGCAGGCAGGCAGAACAUUGUAUACAUAAUAAAUAAAAUCUUUGUCAAGUGGUAGUAGUUCUCGUCUUUAAUGAGUGGCAGAGGCAGGUUUAUCUCUGAGUUCAAGGGCAGCCUGGUCUACAAAGCGAGUUCUGGGACAGGCUCCAAAGCUACACAGAGAAACCCUGUUUACACACAAACAAAAAGCAGUUUUCUCAUGAUGCUCCUCACAAGCACUGUCAGCUUUUAAAACUUGGUGUAUAUUGGAGAUAGAUCUGUUCCAUUUCUGCUAGAAGGAUACCUCAUUUUUGUAACAGUUGCCUACACUUCUAAACAACAAGGCCAUGUGUUCCUUACCCUCGGUGAUUUAGAACUAGCUUUGUCAAAUGCCAGGAUUCCAAGCUCUGGAAAUUAAAGUGUAAGCACAAGCCUUUAAUCGUUGCAGUGUUUAGAAAAGUGUAAGCCUACUUGAAGGAGCUGCUGAGAACAGCGAAUGCCCUCAGGGAAGACCUAUCCUAGGGGAGCAAAUGUCACUUUAUUUUCAGAAUUCUGCCAAGUCAAACAAAAAUAGGGAUGGGACAUAAGAUUCCAUGCACACUUCUAGCUACACAACCCAUCUGAGAACUGGGUCUGUCCCACGUGCAUAUCUGUGAUGGGUCUCUGGUUCUGUGCUAGAGAGUUAGCCAUACCGAUACCAGCCACCUAGGUAGAAAGUAAUUAACAAUAGCUGUCAGGAUAGCAGUUUUCUCUUGGGGCAUUUUAAGUGGCAUUGGAUUUUGAACUUGAUUUUUUUUUUUUUUUUUUUUUUUUUUUUUUGAGACAGGUUCUCACUAUAUAAAUCUAGCUAUCCUGGAGCUGUUAAUAUGUAGAUGAGGAACUCCCGAAAAUCUUCCUGCCUCUGCCUCACAAAUGCUGGGAUUAAAGGCAUGUCCCUAGCUUGUUAGCUCUCUCUGUGUGUGUGUGUGUGUGUUUUCAGAUACUCAUAUAUGUGUUCGUGUGGUGGUGGCACAUACCUUAUAAAGCCAGCGUUCAGUGGAAGCAGAGGCAGUCGGAUCUCUGAGUUCCAGACAGCCAGGGUUACAUAGAGAAACCCUGUCUCCAAAAACAACAACAAAAGCAAAGGAAUAUUUUUCAAGAUCGUAGUGCUGAUCAGUGCAACUAUUCAAGUGUGCAGAGUAGCAGGGUGCCUUUCCUCUGCUCUUCUGGACAGAGGCGCUCGCACAGCCUGUCACUCAUUAACAGACAUUGGCUUGUUCCAUUAAGUAGAUCUGACUUAUCUGUGCUCUGUAGAGACUUUUUUGUAAUUCUUUUCUUGAAACUGUGAUUUUCCACUUAGGAAAUAAUGGUAAAUUCGAUGUGUUUUACAGUCUAUGUAUUUUAACUUAAGUUGCCUGUCAUGAGGUUUGAGACAUACACCUUUGUACUAUGAACUGUAAACAAUGGAGGAGACUAGGUUUUAUCACCUACGGCUGGAUUUGCAAACAAAGAAAUGUUGCUUGAAGAAGAAAUUCUAAUUAGAAGUAGGCUACAGAUGUGAUGCUUGAUAUUUUUAAGAUAAAGUUGUCUGAUUUUGUGUGUAAUACCUGAAAGCCUUUUUAAGAAAUUUAUUUUCGUGGUUUCACCGUUUCUCCAUGUAUUUCAUUCCUGGGACCCAAUUCUAGGCUUCCCUAAAAAGUCCAGAGCCCAUUUAACUUCUUGUUUGUAGUCCUAAAGAAGACUGCUGUUUGCAUGUGACCUGCAUUCUCUAAGGAAUUCCACCUGGCUGCCUGGAAAGAGCCUUGCUUCCUAAACAACCUUCAGCAACAAGGUGCCAGUACCUAUGGUGAGGACUGCCCCCAAGACUAGGCCACUCUAACCAGAUUGUCUAAUUGAAGUCAGGGAAUCAUCCCUCUCCACCCCUGCGGCCGCCACCCCCAUGCUUACAAACUAUAACUCCUUUUGCUCUGUCACACCUGUGGUGGGGGUCACAUUAAGCCUAAUGAAGUUGAUCCUGUCCUGGGAGUUAGCCAGCCAUACAGCUCCCCAGUGAGUGGUCUGAGAAUGAAAAUGUUGGAAAAGAUUGUAGUCUUUACCUUUUAAAAUAAACUUGAGGGUUGUUUCUGA